AUGGAAAUAAAUCAUCAUCAUCAUCAUCAUUCAGAUGCUGAAUUCGAAUCGGUGUACGACGACAGACUUCAUCCUCACGGCAUAUCGACAAGUUCAAAUUCAUCAUGGACGUUUAGCAAUAGUCACGAUUAUCCAAAGCCAAGAAAAGGAAGACUUUGCGGAAUAUUUUUAAUAGGAGCCGUUUUAGUGGUUGCUUUAUCGGUUAUUGCAAUAGGAGGUUUAGCAUUUUACAUAGGAGGUAAACAAACAACAAACAAACAAACAAACAUUUUUUUCUAUCCAUUAGCGUAG